UGCCUCGUGUUCAGAUCCGCGCUGAGAUCGUCGGGCAUGCGGAAGGAGCGUCACCGGGAGACAGUGAUUGAGAGGACCCAGGAGAGCAGACGGGAGCACUUGAAUAUUCGAUCGUGCAGGUAGAAAAAUGUCCCAGCCGCAAUUAACCACCGACCUGGACGUUCCGGAAAGUCCGCAACACUCUUGCCAAUGCUCCGCGAUGAGCAGCAUGGAUUCCAUGAGAGCGCAGAGAGACAGGGCGGAGAGGAGCGUGGGAAGUACAAGAAUUUCCAACAGCCAAGAACUCCCUAGGGGUCUGGAAGCUCUUCAGAGCGCUUUCGAGCCAAUAAGAAGACUCGAAAGUCCGCUAUCCCAUCAAGAAAGCCAACAGAUCAAUUUGGAGAAUACUAGGAAUGUCGAUAUCAUGGAGCAUCAGCCGGGUCUAUCAUCGAAUCCGAGGUCGAUCGAAAGUCAAGGGGCGAUUUUGUCGAGGCACGGCCAGCACAAUCUUUCGUGCAGCCCGAGAAACUUGGAUCUCUCUCGAAACUUGGCGUUCGAGGCCGCGAGAAGAGUUCAGGAAUCCGGCAGCAGCCUGCAGGAUAACCAACACAGCCUAACUUCCAGCCCUAGUCCUUUGUUGGAGCCUAGCACGGGCUUGCUCGAAACAUCCGCGAAAGAUCUGGACAAGCAGUUGGAGGAUCACGCCGCCGGGUUAUCGCCAAAGCAAGCCGCUUCCAGCAAAGAUAAACUGAAGAAUAUUCAGCAAGUCUUGAAUCCUUAUCAGCAUCAUCACGAGCCGACGUCGCCGGAACGCAACGUCCACGGGCAUUUCCACGGCGAUACUCAUGCCCACGUUCACAAACACGCGGACAACUUCCGAAGCGGCACGAAUUUGGACGCGGGCGACGGCCUGAUGGGAUUCCAGCAGCAUCAGCGGCAGCACACUCAUCAUCAUCACGGGAACGGGAAGACCACGAACGUGACCCAUCACCACGGCCCAGCCACCGUGCAUCAUCCGCACGGGCCGCAAGGUGUGUCGGCUCAUCAUCACGGGAACCUGGCGCCCAGCCUAACCAGCCACGUUCAUGGAAACUCCGGCCCGUUGAGUAGCUCCAGUGGCACUUCGAUGAGCCAAGCCGCUGUUGGCAGCGCUAGCUCCCAUCACCAUCCUAACCCGAUUUCCGCCUCCUCGACCAUGGCUCAUAGGGCAUCGCCGACGAGUCAUCAUCGUCUCGCCAGCGCUGCCGCGUUGAGUAGUCAUUACCCUCCAAACUCGGGCUUCUCCAGCGAUCACCACGGGACGUCUAGCGCUAUGAGUGGCGCGUCAUCGAAUUCGAGCAUGUUGAAUCACGGCGGUUCGCCGGCGGUUCACCGGCACGCGGUCAACGCCAAUAGCAGUCUUUCGACCACGCCGUUGACCGGCCAUCACCACGGAAGCUCGUCGGGAAGCUUGACCGGACACUCAAGCGUGAACCAUCAUCAUGUCAGCUCCGGAAUAUCCUGCGAAUCUUCCUCGUCGAACGCGAAUACAAGGACGCACAGUCGGUUGGACCACGUUCACGAUCACCAUCAUCACCUACAGCAAGUACACUCGCUGCACGCGAGUCAUCCGGAUUCCAGGCAAAGAGACCGGGCUCCAUCGAGUCUGGAGCACCACGGUCACCACCACGGACACAUUCAUAGUCACGGGCAUCAGCAUUCGCAGAACAACGAUACCAAAAACUCGUCUCUGAUCGGGGUAGACUCGAUUCAGGUGUCGGCUCCUUCCAAGAGCAAAUGUCAAUGCCACGUGAUGCAGACCGCAGGGAAUAAGAGAGGGCAAGAGGGAGAAAGUGACGGCAGCGUUGAGGUAGCGUCGAGAACGCAUCAGCCCCCUGCGUUACCGCCUCGGCCACCCCCUCGGCCAACCAGGAGAUACGAAACAACGUCUGCUAAUCAAUGCCACACCGGGGAAGGCGGUUGCUGCAAGAAGUACGUUGUCCUUUGUUGCCUGUGCGGUGGGUUGAGCGCUGCGGUCGGCAGUCUCUUUUUGGCGGUGCACGCGGUCCUUUCAGCCCACACGGCCAGCCUAGCACUCUUUGAGACUGUACCGUCUUACAUUCCUGGCAUAAUGUUAAUUUUAAUGGGCCUGUUCACGAUGCUGCUCGCGAGGCGGAAGCACAGAUACGGGCUUCUGAUGAAGGUCUGCGGUUCCGUCGGCGUGGUCUGCGCGUUGGUAUGCGUGCUGGUUACUGUCACGACCACAGUGAUUCACAUGUCUCGGCUGCAAGGUCUUCGGAAAUGCGUUUACACGGCAAAAGCGAGGUCGUGCACGUGUUACGGAGCACCGGAAGGAGACCCAGGGGUGCUGUUCGAAGGCACACCUCACUGCGACGCGGUCCACGGCGCCCUGCACGCUUGCUUGCGAGCCUUGUUCGGCGUCUCGGUCGCAGGAAUCUUGGCCUGCAUAUUCUCGUGCAUGCUGGUGUACCAGUUGUUGAGUCACGAGAAGAAGAAGAUGUACUGGGAGCAGCUGGAGCUCAGAUGCAGAUCUCUCUACGGCCAGGGAGGCACCGUGGGACCACCGACUGGUUCCUGCGGAUGCUGCAACGACUGCGGCGGUGCUAGCCCGUGGUGGGCGCAAACUCCUGGCAACCUCUACACGCCGAACCCCGACCUGGCGCCCUCCAGGAGAUGGAGGCUGCCCUGGUCGAGAUCCAGAGGACCAGCGCCGAGUCCCGACUCGAAUUACGGCUUCCACACGCAAGCCAGACAGACGGAGGCGAACGCGGAGAACGCGAAUGGUCCUUACAGCGUGCUCAAUUCUCAACCGAGCGGCCCGUACUCCGUUCUCAACACACAGAAUGGACCGUACACGCCUAGCACGGCCUCUUACAGCGUUCUGGAGACGCCGGUGCCCCUGUGGGGCCCACCGCCGCCUUACAGCGACCCGAACAGCCCUGCCAGGAGACCGCAAGUAGCCGAACAGAGGCCCAGGAUCGCCAAACGAAUCGAGAAUUUCGAGAACAACGAAGAUCACAGACCUAGACCAGCGAAACGUCCCUCGGACAAUUACGAGAACGCCGAAGAAAUAUCGAACAGCACCGACCCCGAGGGCGUGAACGAGGGCACGAUGAAGAGCAGGAGGAUCAGGAAGCCGCUGAAAGGCGUGGAGAACGGGGCGUUUCAGCAGGAGGCGAAUCCUGGACCGAAACAGUCGGAGAGCGAGCUCUAUUUCGGAGACGUGUCGUCGUGUUGCGGCCCCGAGAGCAGCUUCUACGAUCUGGCCGUCGAGAAAGAAGGAGCGGAGCAUUCCGAGGGCGUCGACUACCUGGCGGCCCGUUUAGGCAAGCGACAGCUCUCCAAACGAUCCAGACUGCCUCUUCCGCUGCCAUCGGACAGCGGCGACAUACCGUCCGACAACUACGCGAACAGCGACGAACCGAGGACUGCCAGAGGACCGUUCCUAGCUCCCGACGCGCAGUACGAGGUGAUCCAACAGGGACGCUACUCGUAUUACGCGUCGAAAGACGACGAACAGCUGCAGGAGGGCCCGGCGACCUCCGGUUACUUCAGAGAGGAGGAGACUGACAGGGCCAGGGAGAGAGACUACAGGGACUAUAGAAGCAAUCAGGAAGAAGAAACGCCCCAAUGCUGUCUGAGCGACUCGACGACGCUGGACUCUGGCUGGCAAAGCGGCGAACAGCAACAGUCGGACGACAAUGUUCGACCGGUGAACGUGUAACCGCGUUUCAGGAGCUUAAAGAUUAAUACCGCCAGGAAACUGUAGGUCUACCGAACGUUGAAGACUGUGCCGAGUGUCUGAGAAGAAGGUGGAUGGCUAGAUUAAUGUAGUGACGUGACUCCACUUUUCUUUGAAAGAUUGCGCGUCGCAGAGUCGACGGGAGAAUCCGUGGCGUAGUAGAAUAGUAGAAGGCAACUUACUCGCUGACACUUUUCCCGCGGGUUGUAACGCUCGGUAGAUCUACACACGGUGGAAGAAUUCUUCGAGAGAAACAGAACUUACAGUACAACUCGUCCUUUGAUUUCCGAGAGAAUAAUCAUUGGAGAACCGUGUCCGUUUUAGUCUUUUAUUGCGUUUUCUGUUUGUAGAAAGCCGCGAGUCUAGCCGAAUUUGCGUACGCGAAUCAAACGGAGAGUGGUAGGAUAGAAAAGUGGGCGCAAGUCGAGGGAGAUUACCGCAUCCGUAAUAGAGUCGUAAGCGAUGUGAUUUGUCGUGGUACAGUUUAGCGUAAGAUAAACAACGUAAACCUUAAUCGUUAGGAUCUAAGUGAACAAAGACGCGCCGCGCCGCGUCGUUCGAAGUCUGAAGUGGAUUGCGAGCCGCAAAUUCAUACGUGUUUGCGUGGAAUCCUACCGUAGCCAGGUAUUUUUGUUAAUUAAGCGAUGUCGCCCGUGUUGUUUGUAGCAUUAAUCGUUGAUGUACGCCGAAGAGAAGACUCGCACGCGAGGAGACGGGGAGAGAGGGGAGGAAUAAUUAGUUUCAUAGGUGAAACGUCGAAGAAAAGGCCUCGCAGGACGACAAGAAAGUUUCCGAAAGUCACGUUGCCCCUCCGACGGAGGACCUUUUCUUCGUGCGCUCGUUAGAAACGUCCAUGUACAAACGUGUGCUUUACUCUUGCCAAUACCUUGCUAGAUGUCAGCUCGAUUUCACACUUAGCCGCUAAUCGUUGCAAAAACUGUUCACCGUUAAGCGUCACGUUCGGAUUCGCAGCGCCGGCGAAGGUUUCGUCGGGUCUGCCGAGUGUUCGGUCACUGCCAACGGUGUGUGUAUCCUGAUCGUGGAACGUCCCUCGACUACCAGGCGCGCGGAGAGCCGACGAAACGUUUCGGCGUGCCGCGGAAUUCGCGGCGAAGUCUGACUUUCACGAAUUUACAUCUACACACGCUCUCGUUUUUACGAUUCCUUUCCUUUUUCUAACGAAAAACGCGGAUCCGCCGCGUGCCGCGGCCCUCGAGCAAUUUGAUUUAGACCGCCACGGUCUACGUCAGCUUCGUCGAGCAUGUUGCGCCGCAAUGCCGCGUUCGCUCUCGAGAUACAAAUUCAGGUGGACCAAGAAAAAGAUUACGCGCAGCGGAACGAUCGAGCCUGCUCGGCUAACGUACCGGAUUACUUAACUAUCGACCGUUUAUCGCCGUUCGUCAACCGUACGUUGCGCAACACGCGAAGCAGAUGAAUAUUUUAUAGUCGGGAUACCCAGGCGUGAAAGAGACAAAAGCUAGCUUGAGGGAGUAGUUUAACGUUGUGUACUCGAUAAAGUGUACCUUAAGAGCGAUCUACGU